ACAGUGAACAUUCUCAGAACACGUCAUGAUGUCACCAACAGGAAAGUUAGAUGUGGGUGUGUUAAUAUCGUAUUCGCAAUGAAUCGUCGAGGAAAGAGCGGGAGCAAUACAUACAGACAAUCACAACUGCAACAUGAAGUGCUCAGGCAACAGUAAAGAUGGGAGUCCUUGUGAUUACACUUCAGAGAAGCCAUUUAGAUUUUGUCCACAAUGUGGCGAGUCGCCAUUGAUAGAGAUUCCUUGUCCUGGAAGAGAUAAUGAACCAUGUGGAGAACCAAUCACAGUUAAGUUCACGUUUUGCCCAGGGUGUGGAUUGAAAAUUGAUCAGACUUUAUUUACAAAACCAAGAAAGAAGUGUCCACAAUGUGAUGUAGAUGUACCUGAAGGAAAGAAAUUCUGCGCCGAGUGUGGUGCAAGAAUCACAUCUACAAAUAGUGAUUCUGACAAAGAUGAAAACAAGAACAAGAAGACAACACAACAGGAUGAAGCUGAUAUAAAUGCUAAUGCCAGUGGAGUAGCAGAGCCAUUUAAAGUGAGCUAUCCCCCUGUUGGAAUACAGGAGACAUCUCUUACAUCUGAGCCCAAACAACAUCAGCAGCCCGCUGAUAUUGCUCCUUCAAAUCCUGCGUCAAUUGUGUCAACUGUGAUACCUGAGCCCAAACAACAUCAGCAGCCCACUGAUACUGUUCCUUCAAAUCCUGCGUCCAAUGUGUCAACUGUGACACGUGAGUCGAAACAACAUCAGCAGCCCACUGAUAGAGUUCCAACAAACACUGCAUCCAAUGUGUCCUAUGUAACUAUUGUGCAAGCUGAGACUUCUCCCAACAUGAAGAGAAGCAUAUCUCCUGAACUGAUGACUGAUCCAAAAAAAACACGAUCCACAUCAAACCUCUCAAAUGAUGCUGGAAGUGUUUCAUACAAUUUGUCCACAACUGCUACUACCACAUCAGCUGACACAACUAAGACUGCUGAUAAAACAGCUGCGGCCACUGCAAUUGUUGCUAGUGAUAUUGCAACUAUGAAUGUGAUUCCAAAUGAGCUUGUUGCUACUGAUCCUGACAGUAGCCACGGUGAAGGUCAUUUAAGGGAUGGUCGAAAUUCACAAAGCAACAUUUCUGGGGUUGAUGAUAGCUCUGGAAAUAAUAUUGCUGACAGAGUCAAGAAAGGGAGGAAUGUGAUCAGCAAUCAAGCAGAAAUAGAAGGUCUUUCAAACACAAAUAAUUCAAACAGCAAAACACUGGUUGGAUCAAAGGCCACAUAUUCAACUACAGAUCCCCUGUCAAGAAACACACCUAAGGAAGUAGAAGACACUGCAGAUUCUUCAAAUGCAAAAUCUUUUGAAAAUAAGGGAGGCCAGAUUCAGUCAAACAAUGAGGAUAAAAAACCACAAACAUAUAGUAGUGUUGCUGCAAAGUCAACAACCAAUAAGAAUGCCUCACAGAACAAGAAAGGUGGAAAGGGUGCAGGUAAAGAAGCGGUAAAGGGAAAGCCAAAUGCAAGAAAAUCAGCAAGGGAAAGUGAUGUUGAGGUUGUUUUCCAUGCUCUCAUAUCAGAGGAAAUGAAGCUUGAUAGAAAAGAAGAGGAUGUGUACAUACGAUUCGGACCUCCAAGUCUAGGUGGAUUUGAGAACAGUGUUUGGAAAAUGGACUAUUUCAGAGAAGCAAUGGAUGGCGUUCAUGAGUAUAUUGCUCACAUACCCAUGUCCAGAGAUCAGCGAAACAAGACAUUCAAAUACAAAUAUAUCAUACAAACCAGUCCAGGUGAUGUUAGGUGGGAAGAACCAUACUACAGGAAGAAAGCCUACCAUGGAAGCGCCAUGGUAAAUCGUCAGUUUGAUUUGCCAAGUACAUGGAAACAGAUGCAAGGAGUUUGGCAUCAAUAUGAUGGAUUUGUGUAUCCCAAAAAGGAGAAAGGAUGGUGGAAUGCAGUUAAAAGUUUAUGGAAAGGAAGCUUUGAAGACAAGAUUCUAGCUGAUACAGAACUAGCCACUGAAUUAUUUAUGCCAAGCAAAGAUGAAAUCCUGAAAUGUUUGUCCCAGGAAUUGCCCCAAGAAUCAAAAACAGCAGAGGAUUUGUUGAGGGUAGUAUUUAUGGUCUUUUCAAGUAUGAAGGUCCAAAUGCUGGACAGAGACCUGAGAAAUGCUGAUGAUGACCUCAGAACCAAGGUAUUUCUGAAGUUCUUCAAACCACUACAGGAGCACCUCUUAAUGGGCCUUGACCAGAAAAGUCCAGUGUCUCCAGACAGAUCCAGAUUGGUUUUGGCUUCAUUUCUAUUACUUUUGGCCUGGGAGAAUGAUAUGUCACACAUCCUGCAGACCGAUAAGAGACUACCACAAGCAUUUCUGCCUCAACCAGACUUUGAAAAGAAAGAAUGCUCAGACAUUGCAUCUUUGAAGAAUCACUUCAGAGCCAAGGCAUCAAAAGAGCUUGUGGACUGUUUACGAUGGUCAAUAAGUCAACAUUGUCAAAACUUUUCAUAUGGAAGCGCAUCACAUUAUCAACAAUGUGCCGAGUCACAGUGGUUAUAUUUGGUGCCGCUCCUACACUUUUUGAGGAAAGAUUCAGAGCCAUUCAAAACAGUCUUUGACACUGAUCACACAAAAAGAACAUGGUGGGGCCAUGAAGACAUUGACCGCACAAAAGACACCUUGAAAGGGCUGUAUAAAUGGUCAAUUCCUGCAGGUAACAUUGCUGGAGAUCUGGAACAUUUGUUUGAAGUUGACCAUUUGCUACCAAGAACGCUGAUGGCAUGUGUAUCCAGUUCACAUUUGCUGGAUGCAGAUUUUCUGAACAAAAUACCACCUGAAGUCACUUCAGCAACAAUCUGCUACUACCUGAAAGCUCAAUAUUACACGAGGGAGGGCAAGGUGGCAAUCUCCAAACAAUUGCAAGUUGUGGCUCAGACAUACCGACAAAGAUGGGAGCGGAUGAAGGAUAUGUCACUCAAUGCAAGAGUUCUUGAACAACAUAUGGCACAAGCAAACCUUGGUAUGAGGACAGCCUUUGAGGUUUUUACCAUUUCUCUGAAAGAGAGAUAUGAAAUCACAGACCUUGUAGUCUCUGCUGCCAAUCUCUUCCUGAGCAGUCUUUGGGAUGGACAACUUAUGUAUCAAGAUGUGAAACUGACUCCUCAGCUUCAAAUUGAGUUGAACAAAUGUGUAGAGUAUCAUCAUUCCAGUCUGCGUGGUACCAUUGACAUGCUCCUCACAUGGUUGGAUCGUCGUUUUGAUUUUUUUCAGGUGCACUAUGUGAAAAGGUCUCUUGAGUUUUGGAAUGAAUUGGUUAAUGUGACAGUUGCCUUUCCUGCCUUCCAAAAAGAAUGGAAAGAUACCCUUCUUGAUGCUUUUGAGAAAAUUCUAUCAAAGAUGAAACCUCAUGACUGUUUAGAGCUACACAUGGAGGAUUACCAAACAAUCACUCUUUCAACAUCCCUGGAGGAAAGGAUGACAAGUGCUGCAUUCUCUUCUUUUGACAAGCUUGUGAAAGACGGAUAUUUCAACUCAUAUUCAUGGACUACCAUGAGUAAGAAAUUUGGAGAACUAAUGUCAAAACUAUUGGAAAGACAUUGGCCACAAGAUGAGACAACUGAAACACAAGUCAUGGAAUUUGUCCUCUCCUGGAAGCCCCUGAAGCACUAUUUUGAACGGUUCUAUACAAAAACCAAUCCAAGUGAGCUGUUGUCAGUUGACUGCAUUGCUCACCUUACACAGACUGCCACUCUUCUGGACAGUUUAAAAGAUGACUUAUGCAGUGGAAACAUCACAAUUCCACAGCUGAGACUGAUUCUUGGAGACAGUCACAACUUCUUACAACUUUGGGUUGCUGUGAAGACAAACUUUCUUGGUGAAGAUGAAAAACAAUUUGGAAAAGAACACCUUCAAUACAUCCUUCAGGCCAGAGAUAGAGAACUUAAAUCCUGUGAACUUUGUCUGCAGAAAGUGAAAAUUCUUCUGAAGAUGUGUGUGCAUAUUGUCAAAGUGGAUUCAAAUGCACUUUAUGAACGAGCUACAGAAGUGGACAAGAUGCUGGAGGUGGGAAGAGUAAAAGAAAUUUGCAAACCACUGAAUUUGGACAUGUACCCUGGAAGUCUUGAAAACUACCAAGUCAGACUCUGUGUGUUUGACAUUCCAGAUGAGGUCUUAGCUAUUGUCCCUGAACUUGAAAAGUGGAGACAGAGUAUGAUCUUUCAAAAGAUUUGGGAACAGAAAGCAAGUGAUAUUCAACAAGGGACUGAUUUGAACAUGGCCAUCUUGAAAGUAUGGAAUACAGUCAAAUCAACAUGGUUGUCACUGUGCACCCAAUUUGCUAAUGGGUCUGCAACAUUCCGACUUGUCCAAAAGCAUGUACUCAUGUUUGAUAGAGACAGCAAGAAAAUUAAAAGAGAGUUUAAGCUGAUGAGUGCAGACGUGCAAUCAACUGCUUGGAUUGAGGAAAGAGUGAUGCAGCUCAGUUCAUAUGAAGUGUUGCAAGAUUGUCAGAAAGCUGCUGAUAUCAUAUUGGACAUAAAAGAUAUCUAUGAUAUUUCUGGAAACUUUGCCCCUGUUCAAGCAGUCAAACUGCUGGGCAGCAAUCGUGAUCAGCCUAUGAGCACCAUGGAUGGAUCUGUUUUGAAAACCUGUGAUGUUCUUAAAGGCCUGAACGAUGAAACGAAACAGGCAUGUAUCAAGGCUUUCAAAGACAGUAAACAGCUAGUAGACUGGCUGAGAGACUCAAUGAAAGAUGGCGUGAAGGAACUGAAGGUGUUUGUGGACCUGGCAUUUAUCUCAGCUGGAGAGGAACCGAUGGAGAUACACAAAGUCAACUGUUUCCACUCAGCAACCACUGGAUAUGCUCCACUGAUCUUCAACACACCACAGACUGCAGACUAUGACUCUUUCCUCAAGAAUUGCGAACUUGUCUGGCAAGAACUGAGAUCAGACAGAAAGUUACCUGAAAAAUUGGUUGAUACAUGUCGUCAUCUACGGUGGCUGAAAGAAGUAAAACAGUCACAUGGCUCUGUGGAAGUAACAGCACUCACACAGGCUUCAAUGAUCAACACAAGAGGAUUAUACAGGAUUGGACAUCUGAACAAGCUUGAUACAGCUUCUGAUAUGAUGCUGACCAAUGUGAUCAGUUUACAUGUGUCAAAAGACACUGAGGACAAUACUUCACGAAAGUACAGCUACGACCAGUUGGUGGAUCUGCAGAGCAGACUCAUGCUGGUUGCAGGACAGGCUGAAAUUGGCAAUGAAAAUGUUGAUCACUUCAUUAUGGUCCUAGAUGGAAUCGUGCGUCUAGCCAAAACCUACAUCAGACUGUGUACAGAUGGAUGUGUCUUGUUCAAUUGUUGGAAGGGGAAGUUCCUAUGUGGAGAGGACACGAAAGUAUGCACUUUUUUGGAAUUUGGUCAAGGAGAUAAUCUUGAAACUCUGAAGGGACAUCGUGGGGUAGAGGGUGUGGGUGGCUUCAUCCAUGCUCUUGCCAAUGAGUUUGAGGUCUUCCAUGAUGAAUGGAUGAACUAUGUCAGUAACAGAAGAGAUGAGUACUUGGAGCUGAACUUCUACACCAUUGACCAGCUAGUGUUCCUUCAGAGAGAACUCAUCAAACUAGGCACAGAAGAGGAACCUUCUGUUCGUGUGUACUCAAUGUUGUCUCUGAUCAAGCCUGACUGUACCCAAGCAGAUCUCACUGAUGCCAUGCAGGCAGCUCAAGAUGCAGUCUUUACCAAAGACAAAGACACAGAUAAAGAAAUGGAAGUUGAUGUGCCACUUGAAGAAUCUGAUCUCAAACAAGCCUUCAUUAAUGCCAUGCUAGAAACAAACUUCUCGAACGGACUGGCAAGACUUGCUUUGGAGGCCAUUGGGCCUGAUGAUAUUGACAGUGGUAUUGUGUGGUGUAUGGAGCACCAGGAGGAAGAGUCUGAGGAGGAGACAGAGGUGAGAGCAUCAUCAGUGGAUCCACCAAUACAGGUCUUUGGUGGCUGGCACUCUGGGGGAGAGUCUGUUUCUUCCAGUGCUGUGUCCUGGGUCAGGAGUGUAUCAUCAAGCAACAGGAAUAUAACAACUGUUGAGACUUUGACAUCCAACUUGAGGUCAGUGUGGAAGACGUUCCUGGAAGCUGUAUCAUCCAGUGUAGCAGAUUAUCUCAGUCUGGAACAUCUGGGCAUCAUCCUCAGACAGCUGGCACAAACAGAUCAUCGAACCUUUAAGCGGACUAUACCACCACCACUUAAACCAGGAAUUUCUAACUUGAUUGUCUGCCCUCAAGCUGACAUGCUGAAUGCUGUUGUAUACAUGUACAAACAUUCAGAGGAAGAGCCACUUCCUCAGCAUGAUGAAGUCCUUCUGUGCACGCCACAAACUACCUUUGACCAGGUUGAUAUCUUCCUGCGUCGAGCCUUCUUCAGCAACCCUGGCAAGUUGUAUACAAUGGCCAAUGCUGAUCUGCUGCAGUAUGAGAUAGAGGAGAGGGCAGAGAAGAAGCUCAAAGAGUAUGCAAACAGAGAAGAAGGUCUUGACUAUCAGCUUGUGAUCUUGUGUUCUACUGAGAAUGAGUUCAAAGCAAGAAUUGUGGCAGCUCUUGAAAGACAGAGAUGCCCUCCACCUCCACUGCAACACUUGGAAGAUAUAAGACACUACCUGCAGUUGAAGUUUUCACAGAAGUAUGAAAAACGGGGAAUGACAUCUGCCUCAGGAUUAGAUUUCGAUGGUUCCACAGUGCGGGUGAUCAAGUCCAAGAGAGCUGGUGUGGGGAAGACCUUGUACAAGAAGCGCCAGGUGGAGGCACUGCAGCGUCUGAACCCUAGAGUCCCUGCUACAUCAGUGUCCAUACAUCUGUAUGAGAAAAGUGUGUCUACAAUGGCUGUGGCAGAGAAACUGCUGGAUCAUACACUGCAGUCUGGACAAGUCCUACCAAGAAUAUUCCACCUGGACAUCUCAUAUGAGGUUCAGGAAGGUGUCGACUAUCUCCUCUUCAACCUGCUGGUUCUGGGCUCUAUCAGCAACAACAUGGGACAUGUCUGGCUCAAGUCUCCCCUGGACUUGUAUCUGGUGGAGACCAUCCCCAUCACAGAUGUCAGACAGGACAGGAGAGCCAGUCAGCGUUUGAUACAUUCCAUACUGGAAGUCCUGCCUGAUGUUUUCUGCUGGUCUCCUCAAGACAGUCAGCAAAUACUCACCACAGACAACAAACCUGAAGAUUACUCUAAUAAUGACAGGCUGUUUGAUGACAUAGAGUUUCAAAGCCAAGUUUACCAGCGCCCCUUUCAGUAUCUGAAGAGAAUGAACAUCAAAGCCAAUCUAGCUGAAAUCAACCCUGCUGUACCAGAAGGGUCACAUCAAGAAUGUCUCAACGUCCUUCUACAACACUGUGGAGUACGAGACCCAGCUUGGUCUGAGCUUCACAACUUUGUGUGGUUCCUGAAUACUCAGCUGGUGGACUUUGAGAACUCCAUCUUCUGUUCAGACCUCAUUUUGGAGGAUCUACCUGGCUUCCCUGUGUUGGUGCUGCACUUCCUUAUCCAGAUGUCAAGGGACUUUGCAACCAGGUCACUAGUGAUGAGUGAAGAGUCACCUCUGGACCAGCUGAAUGUUCAAGAGAGAGAAGAAGAUCUUGCACAGUUUCAGAUGAAGCGGACAUGGGAAAGCAGCCCUCACCCUUACAUUUUCUUCAACCCUGAUGGCCACACCAUGACUUUCCUUGGCUUCAACAUUGACCGCCAGACUGGGAACAUGGUGGACCAGCAGACACAGAAGGUGCUGGAGAGAAAUCUUGUACCCAAACCACUACAAGAAGCACUGAUCAGAAACAGGGUCAACAUCAAUGAGAACUUUGAUCAGAUGCAAAGACUUGAGCGAUUGGCUAAGCUGUGCAGUGUGAUGCCAGGUGUUGACUUCGUACAUGACCCUGACGACACAUAUGAGCUGACAACAGACAAUGUCAAGAAGAUUCUUGCAAUUUACAUGAGAUUUAGGUGUGGAAUCCCAGUGAUAAUCAUGGGAGAGACAGGAUGUGGGAAGACAAGACUGGUCAAGUUCAUGUGUGCCUUACAGUGCAUGCCAGGCUCCGACAUGAAAAAUAUGGUCAUUAUGAAGGUGCAUGGUGGCACAACCUCUGACGACAUCAUCAAGAAGGUCAAGCAUGCAGAACAACUGGCCAUUGCUAACAAGGCUAGGAACCCACACAUGUACACUGUGCUGUUCUUUGAUGAAGCAAACACAACAGAAGCCAUUGGAAUCAUCAAGGAAAUAAUGUGUGAUGGCUGUAUGAAUGGACAGCCACUGAAACUGUCGGAAAACCUGAAGAUUGUGGCUGCCUGCAAUCCUUACAGAAAGCAUUCUGAUGAGUUGAUUCAGAGACUUGAAAAAGCCGGACUUGGCUAUCAUGUAGAUGCUGACAAGACAACAGAUAAGCUAGGCCAUGUCCCUAUGAGGAGACUUGUGUACCGGGUUCAGCCUCUGCCACAGAGCAUGCUGCCUCUUGUUUGGGACUUUGGCCAACUCAACAUACAAGUGGAAGAACUCUACAUCAGACAGAUGGUCAACAGAUAUGUACGAAAUGAUCAGAUACCAUUACAUCAAAACAUGGUAAACGUGGUCAGUAAGAUUCUAAUAGCCUCUCAAGAGUUCAUGAGAAAACAAGAGGAUGAGUGCAGCUUUGUAAGUCUUCGUGAUGUUGAUCGGACCCUGAGUGUCAUGUCCUGGUUCUACCAGCAGUCCCAGGAGAAUGGAACACUAUUUGAGAUGAUAGAUGAUGAUCUGUGUCCUGAAAAGGACCCAGAAGAGGAGGAAGAAGAGACAGUUCAACAAAACAAUUUGCCAAGUGAUGUGACCAAAGCCCUGAUCUUGGCACUAAGUGUGUGUUACCGAGCAUCACUGAGAAGUCGGGAGGAAUAUGAUCAACACAUCUUCAGAUAUUUUCAGGAUCCUUGUGGCAUACCUGGUGGAAUUGACCAGAUGGUUCAAGUCAUAAACAGCUGUCAGAGAGUGUUUGUGGAUGAGGUCCAGCUUGAAGAUAACAUAGCAAAGAACCAGGCCCUGAAGGAGAACCUGUUCAUGAUGGUUGUCUGUAUUGAACUGAGGAUCCCCCUUUUCCUGGUGGGAAAACCAGGCAGCUCCAAGUCCCUGGCCAAGACCAUUGUUGCAGAUGCUAUGCAGGGCAACUCAGCCAGAUCAGAGCUGUUCAAACAACUGAAACAGGCCCAGAUGGUGUCGUUCCAGUGCAGUCCUCUGGCCACUGCUGAAGGUAUUGUCGGUACCUUCCGUCAGUGUGCUCGCUACCAACAGGACAAGGACCUGGACAGGUUUGUCUCCAUCGUAGUUCUGGAUGAAGUUGGUCUGGCAGAAGACUCACCAAGGAUGCCCCUCAAGACACUUCACCCACUUUUGGAGGACGGUUGUCAGGGAGAUGAAGCGCCAGAGCUAUUCAAGAAGGUUGCCUUCAUUGGUAUCUCCAACUGGGCCCUGGACCCUGCUAAGAUGAACCGAGGAAUCUUGGUGCAGAGAGAAGCCCCCAAUGAUUGGGAGCUGGUGGAGAGUGCUAAAGGCAUUUGCUCAGCUAAUGAGAUAGUACUCAGAAGAAUCAAGCCUUUGCUGCCAGAGCUCGCUAAUGCCUACAAGACAAUAUUCCAUAGAGCACAAGAUACGAAGAGAGAAUUCUUUGGUCUCAGAGAUUUCUACAGCCUUGUGAAGAUGGUUUAUGCCUUUGCUGAUAAACAUGAUCGAGACAUUUGCUGGCAUCAGUUGGUGCAUGCUGUAAGGAGAAACUUUGGUGGCCUUGACAACCUGGACCCUGUUGUUGUGUUCAGGGACAAGAUUGGUACAGUUCAAAAGCUGGAAGAGAAACAUCAUGAUGAUCCUGACUCCACAACAAUUGGGCUGAUAGAAGAUGGUCUUUUAGGUGAUGGUACAAGCAGUGAGAGCCGUUACCUGCUGUUGCUGACAGAGAACUACGGAGCUCUGAGCAUCCUACAGCAAGAGAUUUUAGCCAGACAUAAAGUCAUUACAAUCUUUGGCUCAAGUUUUCCCAAGGACCAAGAAUAUACACAGGUGUGCCGUAACAUCAACAGAAUCAAGGUGUGCAUGGAGACUGGCAGCACAGUGAUCCUGUUGAACCUGGAGAAUCUGUAUGAGAGUCUUUAUGAUGCACUCAACCAGUACUAUGCCAGACUUGGAGGUGAACGUUUUGUUGAUCUUGGACUUGGAACACACAGAGUAAAGUGCAGAGUUCAUCAGAACUUCAAACUGAUUGUAGUAGCAGAAAAGCAGAAGGUGUACGAAGAGUUUCCAAUACCGCUGAUCAACCGCCUGGAGAAACACUUCCUGACACUCAACAACAUGAUGUCACCAGAGCAGAUAGAACUGUCUCAGAAGCUGGAGAAGUGGGCAGUGGACUUUGUAACCUUCAAAACACCCCCACUGGGAAGGAGACCAAAGAAAGGUUCCCCAGGAGAUGCCUUCAUGGGGUACCAUCCAGACACAGCUGCCGCUGUUGUGCUUCAAGUCCUAGGGAGGGAGGACCGUAUCGUCACCAUUGAAGAAGAAAUGUUUAAAGAAUGUCAGCAGACAUUGUUGUGGUGUGCCACACCAGCAUCAGUUGUCAGACUCGCCGAGCAGAAGCUGUAUCUGGAAGCAAAGGAUAUCCACACACUCUACUGGCGCAACCAGAAACAUGAUGACAUCUUCCAGUAUCUUCAGUGGAAGAUCGUGCAGCUAAAAUGUCAGACCCUGCAAGCUCAGGUAACAACUCACUCCAAGCUGCUGACAGACCAGGAGAAGGAGGACUUGAGCAUACAUCUGAGUCUGCCUCCCAACAACAUCAUCCUCCUCACACUGCAGUCCUUUGACACAGAGCAGCAGUUUGCACAGCAGAUCAAAAACUUUGUGCAGCGGAGUGUGGAGGGUCAGAAACUGCUGCUAGUUCAGUGUGGAUCUGGAGACAGGAACCAGUCUCUCAUCAGGAGUGCCCAGUACUGUGUUCUGGAUGAGCUGCAUGAUGCAAGACAGUUUGCUGUAGUCUUCAUCAUACAACUGCCUAAUAUUGCUGGAGGAUGCUUCUCUGGCUUUCAGGCUGGGAAAUGGCACUCAUUACAUCUAGAUGAACUGCGACCACCAACUUCAGACCUGCCAUCCAUGGAGGUGCUUCACCAGAAUUCACCGUCAUCUAUUCUUGAAGGACUGAAAAGCAAUAUGCCACCUACAAGUGUCCAACCUUCAGAGCAGAGGAUUGAACCCAUGGAGUAUGAGGAAGAUUUGAUGGGGAAUCUAGAUGAUCAAGAAGGUCAGAAUACCAGACAGAGACAUUCAGAGUUGAUGGAAGUUGAUGAAUCUGUUAAUUACCGCAGACAAGAUCCAUUAGAAAUGGAUGACAUAACGCUAGAAGGAAUGACAUCAAUGACAGACACUGUUGCUCCCUACUUCCAACACCUCCUUCUACCCUGCAUCCAGUCCGCUGCUGCUCUCAUCAGGGAUGUAGAACUGGACACCAAACGCUCUACCAAGAGGAUAGAGAUCCUCCUGAAGCUCCUGGAUAACACAGACAACGAAGAUGCCAAGAUGUUCAUGCAAGGCUUGUCCAAGCUCAUCAUCAGCCUCCUGAAAGAAAAAGAGGAAUCACAGACUGGUAUCUUGCCAACAAACUGGCUGUCUAAAGAAGCUGCCAGACCAGAGAAUGUCAGAAAGGCUGGAACGUUCAGACGUGCUGCCAUCCAGUGCCUUGAGAACAAAAUGACCCCAGUACUGGCUCGAGUUCUGGCAUUCCUUGAUACCAGCAGGAACCUAGACUUCAUGCAUGCACCUGAUGUUGCACCAUGGACGAAAAGACUAUGGCUGGCAUUGCUCAACAACACCACAGUCUGUCAUGACCAGUGUAAGAGGAUCAUCACCCCUGGCAACCAGUCCCAGCAGAGUGAGGUUGUACCACAUCAUUUUGGAGUCAGCAAAUUGGUGUUUUCAGUUCAGAUGCCAUUUUUCUGGCUUCUCUUUGAAGGUGUUCAACUUGCUAUUGGACAGUCAGAAGACAUUGGCAAUUCUUUUGAUCAAGACUCACAUGACUCUUUGAGUUAUGUGGAGAACAUCGUCAACAAGACUCCGUAUGGCGAAGUCCUGUCAUCUGUUGUAAGAAAAGAAGAAAAAAGCGGGGUUGUGAGAGCAUACCUUGAAGAUUUUGUCCAUACACUCUAUUUUGGGAAAACAGAUGAGUUUGAGAUUCUCUGUCAUGCCUUUGAGAGUGCAGCCAGACAGAGAGGGAGAGACCUGGAUUGUCUAGGAAUUAUACGAGCUGUAGUCUACAUCCACGUUAUCCACUCCGCUGCCAAAGAGAGGCUGCAGCUCUUCCUGGAGGUUGUCCAGGUCUGGCCGGAAGUUGUGACGGCUGUCAUUGACUUGAAGGAGAGAGUAGGAGGGAACCCACUGCUCACAGAUGAUGAAAUGACUUUGGAUGUUCUGAGUCUGACACUUCUCAUGGAGCAGCUGGAGCCAAGUAAGGAUGAACUGAACACAGAUAAAGGCCGAUCAGACUGGAUGGAUCGUGUCAAGACAUAUCUGCCUGUGAUAGGUAGAAUCUUCAAGGCAACAGACACAGAGCUUACACAUGGCAAUGUGUGUCUCAGGGCAAUGAAUCAUGCCAGAUGCAGUUGGAUGCGAGUUAUGACAAUGAAACUGUUUCUGGAAAGUUUUACUGGAAAUAAGAAGGUUCAGCUGGAGACGAGAUGCAUGCCUCUUUGGAAGAUGCUUGGUGAACAGACUGAUCUGACCAAACUAGAGUCACUUGAAAAAGUAGAGAAAUUCUUGAAAAUAGUCAACAAAUCAGUUGUGAAGAAAAUCAGUGGGAAAAUAGGUACUUGUAGUCACUGUGAAUCAGAGUAUGAAGCACCACCAGUAGAGCUUCCCUGCAAAGACAAGAUCUGCCUACGUUGCUUCAAUGACAUCCAAGCCACAAGGGAUUUAUGUUGUCCUAUUUGUAAUAGUACAAUCUCAAAGAAAUUUCAACCUGGCAGUGGCCCAUCACAACAAAAGGAAGUGUUCAAAGAAUACCAAGAGUAUCAGAAGUGCUGCAACAGCUUCCUCAUGUCUGUGGUGUCCAAGCUGUGUUUUGGUGGAACAGAGCCUCCAGAGAGUGCUGUCAUAGAAAGGAUCUUCAGCUACAUCACUCGCACUGUUGAGCAGGGGGGAUCUGGCCAGACAGAGGAAAGGUUGCACACCAAACAAAUGUCUGUGUUUGAUGACAUGAUUGAUCCCACACCUGUGGUUCGAUCCUUUCUUCUUCAACUUCUCAUACACAAGAGUGAAGAUAUGGUGCAAACAUACCUACAAGAUUUUUUUCUCCAGGCUAAGAACCUGUGUGAACAAGAAAGAAGGGAGACAUCCCAGGAAACUAAAGACAAAAUUGUCCAGUUCAGUCUUCUUGUCAUACACUGCUUUGAGGACUUGUACCAUGAGAAAGGGUCUCAGAUAAUGAUAUCAUCAGAGGAGAUGCGUACUGCUUGUUUCCGGCUGUCAGAAGGCAGAAGCUACAUUCUCUCAUCAGGUUUGGAUAUGGCCAAGCUGUUUAUUAUUGCCCAAUGUAGAUAUGGUCUGUCAGUGACAGCCAAAUAUCUGCAUGCAGUGUUUGUGAACAAGAGACCUUCUGUAGAGAAUUUCAACAAACUGUUGGAAAUGACUUCACAACUGCUGAGUGUCCAAGAUACAGAAUGGCCAAAGAAGUUCUUGGUGAAGCAGAUAUGUCGGGAGUUUGGGACUGACAGCUACCAUGCUAUCUGUGAUACUGGCAAGGUGCCAUGGCUGGCUCUGGAUGUUACAGAGCAGGUAAAGGAAUGCCCAGAUCGAUUUGUGGUGUGUCUUGAAAACACCACGUACCAAAAAGUAAGAGAAGCUUUGGCUAAGACUCUCCUUGGUGAAGACAUCAAGCACCUGAAACAACUAGUAAAGGACAAUGAGAUGCUGUUCCUCCUGGCCAUACACAGGGAAGUGACGAUGAGGAACAUCAACCCUCAGACACAGGCACAAUCUGUGGAAGAGGUUGCAAAGUUCAUUGAAACAACAAAAGAAAAGGUUACUCAAAAGGAGACAGCUCUGAGGUUACUGAGAAAUCAGCUUGGUCGUCCAGGAUCUUGCUUGACUGUUCGUCAAGGUCAGAGCAUGAGAGACCAGAGUGUGAUGUGUCUUCUAGUCCAUGCAUAUAUUACCCUAACUCACUUCAACAAGGCAACAAACUUCAUGAAACCCCUCACAGACCUCAUUCUGGCACCACAGACAAUGAUGAACAAGCUUUUUCCCACAAUGCCACAGGAUGACACAGAUGUCAUCAGACAAAGUUUGGCAAGAGAAGGAACCAUUGUCUUCUUUCAAUGUCCUAAUGGACACCCAUAUGCAAUUGGAGAGUGUGGUAGACCUUAUACUGAAGCGACGUGCAAUAUCUGUGGGUCAAAGAUUGGUGGACUAUCACACAUAGCAGCAACCGGAAAUACACAGCAUACUGGUGACCAGACCCGUCCUGGUCAUGUUCUGGGAAGAGCAGCAGAUAGAACCAGUGCCUAUGCUGGAGAACGUAGACUGGGAGGAGCUGUCUGUGCUGUUCUGCGUUUCUUCACUCAUGCUGCAUUACUUCUGGGAGCAGAGAACAAUCCGCAGGCAGUAGCAGCUCUGGUCUACCCCCAGCUACAGCAGGAUACCAGUCAGUUUUUCUUGGAGCACCUCCAGAAGGACCUUCAGAUCAUCCAUCUGGCCACAGGGAAGAGUGUGGAUGAUGUCUUCCUCCUCCUGCACUUCAUCUGUCAUCAGAUUUCACAGUCAGAAGUAUACAGACGCAUGGAGCCACAAGAACUGGUCAACAAGCAGGUCAGGGAAACCUGGGAGGAACAGUUUGCAAAUUCUUUCAUUGGCCCAGUGUUACAGGAUCUUGACAACUGCCUGAAUACAUGCAAUGAGAGAAUCAUGAAGGACAAGAGAAUAGGUCAGGACAAGCUGAUGUCUAUUCUGUAUGAAGUAGACACUUCCACUCCCCAGCAAGUUGACUGUCUCCAUGAGUUCCCAGCUGUCUGGAGGUACCGGUCACGUAUCACCCUGGAGCAUUUCCUGCGAGAGUUCCAUCUGAAAGUAGAGAACAGCAAGGGCAAGAAAUCCAAGAUGGAAGUGCUCAGCCUUUUCAGACAAGAGCAUCCAUUCUUACAAGCACUACAUCACAUCCCAAAUAUUCUCCGACUACAACAGUACCUAAUGGCAAAAUACAGGCGGCGCCUUGAUAGAGUGGAAGCUAAAAGAAUUACCAUUGCUGAUGCUGCAGAGGAAGGAAGCAACUCUAUUGAUGUCCUGGAACAUCUGUCAAAUUUCACAGCAGCCUGGGAAUGUGUCAAGGAAGGACUACACAGUUAUGGAUGUUGGACAGUCCAUGAUGGUCUGAUACACCUGCCUGAUGCCUACAAGAACAUGAGGAUAGAGGAGAACUCCCCUCUAGCCGUCCUUCUGCCGUCCACUCAGGGACCCGGUAUCUGCUCCUACAUGAUGCUGGAGUUCCUCUUCAGGAAGCACAAUGAAUUCAUGGAAAAAUACUGCAACAAAACAAAACAAAAGUAUGAGCACCUGCCUGAGGUCAACAUGAGGAAACUUCACAGUAACCACCUGGUCAGCUACCACCCUGACCGUGACCUGCUGCCCCUUGUCCUGGCCAACUGUAACUACUCCUUUGAGCUGGGGAAAGGCACCACCAUUGAGUAUGACUUUGAAGGAUUUGAGUAUCAGCUCAAAGAAGUCAUUUUACAGGCCAAGUCAAGAGUGGAGAAGAAGUCGCAUAUCAUACCUAUUGACACUAUGGUGUACAGAGCUGACACAACCAAUUCUGUUGUCUUCAAGACGCUGAGAGACAGAAUAGAUCAGGAAUCACUUUCUCCAGCGGUGAAGGUACAAAUUGUGUCUGAACUCAAGUCCAGCUUGCCAGACAUCUGUGACUCUAUCAACAACUUGGACAUCACCACCAGCUUCCUCAAGUCUCUGGGAGGAGAUCCAGACAAGUCACUUCAGACUUUCAUGACAGAUGUGCUCAAGAUGAAACAGACAAUAACUAGUCAGAAGGCCCGACAGUUUUGCAGAUUCAAGCAUAUACAGUCUUUGUGGCUGUUGCUCAGUUUUGAGAAAUCAGUUGUCUUAGCUCAACAUGCACAGGAUGCCUUUGACGAUUUUGACAAUGAACUGAAAGAAGGUCUCCCAGAUGAUGCCAGAGCUCAUCUUAAACAGUUUUGUCAGAACAAGAACCUAGAAAAGCUGGAGUACCUUUUGCAGCAAAUGUUUGACUGUCUUCUGCUGAGAGUAGCUCAACCAGUUGACCCAAAUGAUCAGGAAGCCAUCGACCUGAAACGCAUAAGUCUGCGAGACAUCCUUCAAGGUGACCGAGAUGCUCCGCUGUACUGUAAGGAACCUGAUGAGACACUGACCGAGGAAGACAUCCUCACAUUCCCAGCAGACAUCUUGGGGAAGCACAUUCCCGACACCUGGCUGUCUGUCCUCCGGGAACUCACACAACGCAGAAAGGAGUUUCAAUAGUGCCUCAACUUCUGUCAAUAGUGGAUUGUCAUACUUAUGUUGUGUAAAUGUUGAAUCUAAUAGAAAUUAUGAAUUGUGGCAGUCCUCUGGUAACUCACACAACGCAGGAAGGAGUUUCAAUAGUGCCUUCAGUGUAGGUCAAUAGAUCGUCAUACAUUUGUUGAAGUAGAAUGAAGAUGUCGAUCACUUAAUAUUACAGACUUAUAUUAAUUCUUGACAUAACUACUUUCGGUUUGUUUAUUAUCUUUAUAUUUGAAUUCGCUGAUGUUACAAUUGCUCUCAUGUAUAUAUUCUUUUUCAUAUAGUGCAGUAGUUUUCCACUUUUUGCUUUUCAUUUUGUGAUGUGUUAUAACCAAAUUGUUUUGAAUACUUGUAUCUUGAAACAUUUUUAAUGAAACUAUACGUAUCAUGUUAUGUAUGAUUUAAUCACUCGAUAUAUAUUUUCUAGACUUUUUCCUAUUUAGAAUAUGUAUAUGACAUAAAUUCAAAUGAUUUUGAUAGUGCUGAUGGAAAAGAAAUAUGUCCUUGCUCUUAGUACUUAGUACUGCUUACUCUUACAUAUUGCAUAAUAACAUAUAUUCUGGAAUGAAUGUUUUUGUUCAUGCCAGAGGUUUAAUGUAGGUUACAACAUUGUAGAUGUAUACAUAUGUAUUUUCUUUGGUGUGACAUUCUGCUGUGCCAAGAUGUACCAGUAUUGAUCUGUAACAUGGUCUACACACUAUGCUAUAGAAUACACAUUUCUUUUUCUUACCUGAUCUUAAUACAUGCAGCUGUGUACAGAGAUUCACCUAAAGAAAACACUCAUGCAUUCUGUGUUGUCAGAAAUAUGUAACUGAUGGAUCUGUUCCCUCUACAUGAUCAUAUUAGUAACUGCACCCUUUGCUAUGUAUAUAUAUAUGCAGAGAUUUAAUUCAUAUUUGUUGUUAGAAUCAUAUAUAAACUUCUCUGUCAUUGGUGUUUGAAGGUGAACUUGUAUGAGGAUUUGAUCAGCAUCUGUCUGAUUUGCAAUAUGUUGACCUUCUUAUACAGAUUACAAUUUCUAUAUGGAUUGUAGAUGAAUGUUUACAAAUUAUUAUUUUGUUGAGUACUGAGGUAAGAAGAAGACAUUUUACCUGAACAGAGUCUUAAUAACCAAGCUUGAUGUUAAUAAUAAUAUUAUUUAAAGAAUCUUUAUUGAUUUUUUGUUGUUUUGAAACAUGUCAAACAGUAAUAAACACACAAAUGGAUGUUCAGUAAAUACUGUAGAUCAAUAUUAUAUCAAUGACAGGAAUAUGAUAUGAAUGCAUUCUGUUGUGUCAAGUUGAGGAGAAAGGGUUAUUUAUGUGAUGUUAUAGGAGUUGAAGAUACUGCAUUUUCAAUGUAGAACUAUAUGUUCCCUGUAGAUUUGAUGUCACUUAGUUGACUUUCAAAUCCAAACUAUAAUACUUUCUGCCCAAAUGGAUACUUGAAGUAUUUUGGUAACUGCAACUCUGCUUUCUGUAGCCUACACUUGUACAUACAUGUAUAAUCAUUUCCAAAUGACUGAGACAGAAGAAACCUAUGUGCUAGUCGAUCAAUUUUCCUGUAUUAUUUCCAAUAUGUUUGAUAGUUGACUGCACUCAGAAAGUCAGAUUAUCAAUCGUUUUGUGAAAGAUUUAUCCAGGGUAUGAUUUAUUCAGGUUAACUGAUAACAUGUAAUAAUGUGUAUAUCACUCACUCACUCAGACACACACACACACAAUAAUAUUAAAUAACAUAAACACCAUUUUAUAAUCAUGCUUUUGUUUGCUUCACAUGUACCGGUACGUUUUGUAGGUGACAGCUUGUUUGUUUUUUUAAGUAAUGUGUCAGUUUUGAUUUCUUUCCUGUAUUAUUGCAGUUUGCUUCAUUCAAUGCAGCACAUCCAGAAUGUGUUUUUUUCACCAACCACUGGUGAAUAAAAUGUACAAAAAGUAAUGUUGUUUAUCUUUGUAUUAGUAGAUAUAUAUUUUCAAAGCAAGCUUUAUGAGCAGUUGUUUAAAGUGGUUUAUAUCAUCCAGUAUGUAUGCUAUAGUAAAACAUUUCAUGUGUUGCUUGGAAUAUUUUGACUUUGAAGUUACAGCUAUGAUCUGUCUUUCAAAAAAUGUUUCAUUUAACAGGACCUCAUAAAUUCAGUAUAUUGAUAAUGAGAUGUAUUUAGAUGUCCUUUUAUAGAAAAAGUGACAAAUCAGGUCACAAAACUAGGUUGAUAUCUUGAUUUGUUGAGAGACUGUGUUACAGUAGAUAGAAAACUAAUUAAUCUAGAUGACAUGACCAUCACACACGAGGUUCCCCGACACAAACUGCUGCAGUAGUUAUUAUAGUCGAGGAACUAUUGUGAUUGGCUGAAUGUCAAGGAUCAGGAUGUUAGUAAAUAGGUGAAGUGUGUAUAUAUGUCAUUUUACAAUCAGGUUUCAUUUGUGUACAUAUAAAUUCAUUAAAUCAGAUUUGUUUUAUUUGAUUCUUUAGUUGCUUUUGACAUCCCAGUUUAAUCCUUUCUCCUCAACGGAUGAUUUAAUGAGGCAAAUGUUUGAAAGUUUGAAAUAUAUUUUUGUUUAUCUAGUGUCCAUUUUCAUACCAUUCUCUUAAACAGUGAAAUCAUGAGCACUUUACAGAAAAUAUAUCUCUGUAUUUGGAAUAUGAUUAUUGAAGGUCAUCUUUUGAAUAUAUUUUACUAUAGCUUAGAAAUACAUUUGCUCAUACCUGUACAACAAAAUAUAUUCAUGGUGAAGUGAGGUGAAAUUCAAGAUUAUUGCACUUAUAUAUAUGUGUAUGUGUCUGUCUGGCUGAUUGUACUAAUCCUGGCUAAAUCCGGGGUUUUUUUGUGCUAGCCCACUGAGAUACCAUGUGGCAGUUUAACAUAGCCCACUCAGACAAACUAUAAUGAUUCCUAGCCGCAACAUGUAAGUAAACUGUGUAUAGAACUGAAGUUUCUGUGGUAAAGCAAAAAGCAAUGAUUGCAUGACAUGGUACCUCUUAAUUGUGAAAAAUAAGGAUGUUGGAAAGGCUCGUCAUUCUGUGAUGUUAAGGUUAGAAAUAUGUUUAUCACAUAAUAUUUUGUUUGUUUAUCUGCUUUUUAGGUGUUGGUUGUAUUUGUUUUCUAUUUAACAAUAAAGAACUCACCUUUAAUCAUGUUAUUACAGUUUGUAACACAGCAGUCAUAGUAUUUAAGACUUUGUUAUGAUCGGAAACCAGAAUAAUAAUAGUUUUCUCAGAAGACAUUUUGAUUCUGUGCUCUUUAGGUGAGGAAUGCAUGACAUGAUUUAAUAAAGGCUUAUAACUGGUU